UACGCGUUUUCUACCAGCUUCGUGAAGACCACGUUGAAGCUCUGUGAGAUGAGAGAAAAUCAUUCGUCAAGUUUCAAUAUCCCGCAAGUCGAUCUUCGAUUCAUCACAUAACGUAUGUGGAUGGAGGGGCCAUACUUCUCGCCCAAAAGGUGCACGCGCUCUUCCAAGACUUGUGGUCCAAGUUAGCAUCGACGAGAGGCGCGCAAUUCGGUGUCGCUCCGCCUCCCCUCCUUCGGAUGCCGACAUUCACACCUACACAGUUGACUUUGAUGUCUUCGUGGUCCUUCGCGGAGACAGCAUCUCGUCGGAGAUGCCAUACCCGUUCACGGCUGGCUCCCUUCCUCGCACCUCACAGAAGAGAUCUCCCACGUCACGGCUUCGUUAGUUUCGCCGAGACCCACCUUGGCCCCGUGCAUGUUCGACGCACCGGGUUCAAACCAAAUACGCGUUUUCUCCCAGCUUCGUGAGAAACCCCGACUCUGGCCCUCCAUCUCUGGGGCUCUGUUCAGAUCCGCAUCGAGAGUGAUGCCAGAAGAAAUCAUCAGAGCUCCCUUAGUCGGUCUCUAGCUCACAUGCGCAUCUCAGCCCUCAAUUUUUACAAGUGCUAAGUGCGCGUCUGUGGCAUGCCAACCACGGAAUUGGCCUGGGAAGCCGCCUCGCAUCACUACGACGAGGGUCAGACGUAGAUUUUUGGCCUUACGAAGUUCGACAUCUCCUUAGGAGUUUCAUGGUUUUCUAAUCAUGGUUGGCAUGCGUCGGGAGGACCGACCUCGUUGGUCUAGGAGUUCGCUUAAAGAGGUCUUGGGGAUAUUUCACGGGGAUGAUUCCUCGUUUUCGGAGGAAUACGGAGGAGGGUAUAGUUCUAUUGAAGAGGAAAUCAAAGUAUCAGGCUCAGAUGCGGAAGUUGCAAUUCGAAUUGAUAUAGGUCGGAUUACUCCGGAGAAUUUUACCUUGUAUCGGGAGAAAGCCGAAAAGAAUGGAUUCGACGUCGAUGCUGCUACUCUUGCAACGAUGGUGGAGAAGAACGACAAAGAUACUUUGAUCCGUCUUGGACGUAUUCAUGGACUCGCAGCCAAGCUGCAGGUGACUGAGAAGCGAGGCGUAAGCGAAGAUGAGACUGACAUUCAGAGGAGGAAGGAAGUCUUUGGAUCAAACACGUAUCCGGAAAAACCUCCGAAGGGAUUUUUUGCUUUUGUGUGGGAGGCGAUGCAAGAUCGUACGUUGAUGAUAGUGGCAGUUUGUGCUCUUGUCUCUCUUGCUGUGGGUAUCCCAACUGAAGGACUUCAAGAAGGAUGGUAUGAUGGGGCCGGCAUUGGCUUCAGUAUCAUCCUCGUUGUGCUUGUCACUGCUGCUAGUGAUUAUCAGCAGUCUCUUCAGUUUCGAGAUCUGGACGCUGAGAAGAAGAAAAUCUCCAUUCAAGUAACUCGGAGCGGAUGUAGGAAAGAAGUGUCUAUUUACGACCUCGUCGUUGGAGACAUUGUCCAUCUGAGUAGCGGCAACCAGGUUCCAGCAGAUGGCGUGCUUAUCAGAGGGUACGAGCUUACAAUUGAUGAGUCGAGUAUGACUGGCGAGAGUCUUCCUAGGCACAAGAGUGUCGAUCGCGAUCCAUUUCUUCUCUCUGGAACGAAAGUGCAGGAUGGCUCUGGAGUGAUAUUAGUGACCUCCGUUGGCAUGAACACUGAAUGGGGCCAUUUGAUGUCCACACUUUCGGAAGCUGGUGAUACCGAGACACCUUUGCAGGUCAAUCUAAAUGAUCUGGCAGUUUUCAUGAGAAAGCUCGGGCUGCUGGCAGCAAUCCUUACUUUCCUUGUCCUUAUGAUAAGGUUUCUCGUCAAUAAGCAAAUGAGAGAAGGUCUCUUGCACAGGGUCGGCGAUAAUCCACUUGCCAUUGUUAACUUCUUUGCCACAGCCGUGACGCUCAGUGUGGUAGCCGUCCCGGAAGGGCUUCCUCUUGCUGUGACUCUCACGCUUGCGUACGCAAUGAAGAAGAUGAUCCACGACAAAGCUUUGGUCCGCCACCUGGCGGCUUGUGAAACUAUGGGCUCCGUCACAACAAUCUGCAGUGACAAGACUGGAACUUUGACCACCAAUAAGAUGGUGGUCACGAAGGCGUGGAUUGCCGGGGAAGACGGUGAAGUUAGCGAACUGAAGUCGGGGAUCUCAGCUCGAGUUCGGGAAAUCCUCAUUGAAAGUAUAUUUAUGAACACGAGUGGUGAUGUCGGCGAGCCAUCUAAGGAUGGGAAGUGUCCCCUCAUUGGCACACCAACAGAAACUGCUGUUCUUGACCUCGGAGUGAAGCUUGGUGGACAAUUCCAAGAAGUGCGUGCCAAGUCAGAAGUUGUGAAGGUGAAUCCCUUCAACUCCGAGCGGAAGAGAAUGGGAGUUCUUGUGCGAUGUGCACAGGGUGAACAACGAGCACACUGGAAGGGUGCUUCUGAAAUUGUGCUAGGCAUGUGUGACCGAACCGCGGACAAGGAUGGAAACGUCGUUCCUCUAGACGACGUUACACGCGGAAAGCUUGUUGGCGUUAUAGCAAACUUUGCUCACGAGGCACUCAGGACUCUGUGUCUUGGAUAUAAGGUCGUGGAAUCUCAUUCUGCUUCAGAAAUCCCCGAAUCCCAUUUCGUUUGCAUUGCGAUUGUGGGAAUUAAAGAUCCAGUACGCCCUGGGGUUCCAGAAGCCGUUAAAUUGUGCUUUGCAGCAGGAAUUAAAGUUAGGAUGGUCACAGGAGAUAAUAUCGAUACCGCGAAGGCCAUAGCACGUGAGUGUGGUAUUCUUACUGAUGGAAUCGCAGUAGAGGGCCCUGACUUCCGUACGUGGAACGAUGAGCAGAUGAAAGAGCGCAUUCCUAAACUUCAGGUCAUGGCCAGAUCAUCGCCUAGGGAUAAAAUAACUCUGGUCAAGUGGCUUCGAUCUAUGGAUGAGGUUGUUGCUGUGACCGGUGACGGAACAAAUGACGCGCCGGCCUUGAAGGAAGCGGACAUCGGAAUGGCUAGGGGGACUGCCGGCACGGAGGUGGCUAAGGAGAGCGCAGAUAUCAUUAUUAUGGACGACAACUUUAAUACAAUUGUGGUUGUGGGUAAAUGGGGUCGCGCUGUGUAUACCAACAUCCAAAAAUCUGUCCAGUUUCACCUCACCAUGAAUCUUAGUGUCAUGGCCAUCAGACUUAUUUCUGCUUGCUUUACUGGAGAAUCUCCACUCACUGCUGUGCAGCUUUUGUGGGUGAAUGUCAUCGGGGAUAUUGGUGCAUUGGCACUAGCAACUCAACCUCCACAUGAUGAUCUGAUGAAGAAAGCGCCUACAGGGCGUAAGGCAAAGUUCAUCACCAACAUAAUGUGGCGUAAUAUCAUCGGGCAGGUUGUCUAUCAGCUUGUUGUGCUUACCAUCUUGCAGAUCUAUGGAAUCCAGUGGCUCCAACUACCGGGUGAAGGAGAAGAGCAACAACUGUCACUCACUACGAUGAUAUUCAGUUCGUUCGUCUUCUGCCAGGUUUUCAACGAAAUGAAUGCAAGAGCGAUGGAGAAAAUCAACAUAUUUGCGCAUGCUUUGGACAACUGGUUCUUCGUGCUCAUCAUCGGUUUUACCGUUUUUUUUCAAUGGAUACUAGUGACUUUCUUGGGCAAGUUUGCGCAUACAGUUCCUCUGACCAAACAACAGUGGGGAAUUGCAGUCGGAAUUGGUGCUGGAAGUUCAAUGAUUGCCGUAGGCGUCAAAUGCAUUCCUCUAGGGUCUAAACCCUGGAGGAAUGCAUUUACCAACCCAACCGGUGUGCUUACCAUCUUGCAGUACGUACUAUGGAAUCCAGUUGCUCCAACUACCGGGUGAAGGAGAAGAGCAACAACUGUCCCUCACUACGAUGAUAUUCAAUUCGUUCGUCUUCUGCCAGAGUGUAUUUAACUGGGAGACUACAAUACUAUGGAAUCCAGUUGCUCCAACUACCGGGUGGAGGAGAAGAGCAACAACUGUCACUCACUACGAUGAUAUUCAGUUCGUUCGUCUUCUGCCAGAAGCAGAUUAUACCAUGAUACUCUGCAACAUAGGCCGCCACCAUCUUUGUUUUUAGCUUCCACGACACUAAUGCCCCCGGCACAAUUACAGACAUAAUGUUUUACAGGUAUGUCUGAUUGCAUGCCCCACAUCCCCCGGAUCGCUCUGCACUCGGAAUAGUAACGUGCCAUUAUGUGAUUGGUGUUGUCGCUUUCCUUGUUCCUGAAGAAUCGUGAUUGGUCUCAGAUUGAAGUUCAAUGCUCAAAGUCCUGGAGUCAUUGAUGUUUUGGUGGCUUUACCGUAGAGUUUCUAAAAUUUGGCGUUUUAUUUUUAUGCGCUAGAUUUGACAAAAUACAAAGAUAAGGCGAGAGGUGAAGGCAGGCAAAAUGUAGAGAAUUUCGCAAGCAUUCAAAGGGAGGUAGAGAGUGGAUAGUGAGAAGUAUCUUAGGUUAGGAAUGUAGUCCCGAAGUUCUCGUCUGGAUCGGAAGUACCAAAGUCAUAGCGAAGCAUUUGCAAUCGAUUAUGAGUUGCAAAAUUCUGUUUCAGGUCAAACAUGGUGUCGAGUUUGGUUUGCAACCUGGACAACGAUCUGUACAGGUUGCAAACCAAACUCUUCCGUAUCGGUCGUGAAAAACGUGAUGGUGCAGGUGUGAAGCAAAAGAGAACGAAGAAUACGCAACUAUUUCAGUUUCCGUUGUCUUGAAGUUUACAAAAAUCAUUUGGAGUUUCAGCAUUCCGAAGAUUGGACCAGUUACCUAUUGCUGUCUUAUCAGAAAAGAUCAUCUUCGAUAUACUCAUGAAUUGAAGCGUUACAUUUACGCAAACACACAUUUGGGAGUUCCUGUCGAUAAUUAGCGAAUUUGUGUGUGCGGAAAAAACAUGUACAAUUUUCAUUUCUAGUUCAUUCCAUUCUUUGAAUGUCAUACUGCUCAAAACUAUGUCAAACUCAUCAAGACUAUGUAUAUUGGCAUGACAAUAUCAUUUCAAUCAAUUCAGAUGAAGAAUUUUGCCAAUGGAUAUAAGCGUGCGGGAGUUGGCACAUAGCUUCAU